GGGAAAUCUCAAACAAUAAAUCAAGCGCCUUCAAACAUUCCUACUGACUCCACGUCAAAGUCUGAAGCCAUGUGAUCGUGUUGCAGAAUGGCUGAGCUGGCGGUGACAACGAGCGCAGGGGUUGUUUGGAGAACGAUGUCUGCUGUCGGGGCUAACAGUCUGCUCAGCAGUGUGUGGGGCUAUGCAGACUCCACAUUACGGUGGUGCUGGAUCCCCCGCUUGUUGCCCUCAUGGUGUCCAACCUCUCAGGAUCAGCUGCAGACUGCAGAGAACAUGAUGCUGCAAUGUGUGGAAAGCACUCACUCCAAACAGUUCGUCCCCAUCUCUGAAGGCACCAGGCUGUGGACACUGACCUUCAGCAGUGACUGUGUCAAAAACAGAACCCCCCUAGUUCUGCUCCAUGGGUUUGGAGGUGGCGUGGGUCUCUGGGCUCAGAACCUCGACUCUCUCUCGCAGCAUAGGACCGUCUUGGCUGUGGACCUUCUGGGCUUUGGGCAGAGCAGCAGGCCUCGGUUCUCCACAGAGGCCCGGGAGGCAGAGGAACAAUUUGUGGAGUCCAUUGAGCAGUGGAGGGCUAAAGUAGGUCUGGAGUCCAUGAUACUGCUGGGACACAACCUGGGAGGAUACCUGGCUGUGUCAUACUCUAUUAAAUACCCAGACAGAGUGAAGCACAUUGUGUUGGUGGAGCCCUGGGGUUUCCCCGAGCGCCCGGACACAGCAGAAGCAGACCGGCCCACCCCGGUGUGGAUCAAAGCUCUGGGGUCCAUGUUCAGUCCCUUCAACCCGCUGGCUGGCCUGAGACUGGUUGGACCUCUAGGGCCCACUUUGGUCCAGACUUUCAGACCUGACUUCAAAAAGAAGUUCUCUUCAAUGUUCAGCGACAACACUGUGUCAGACUACAUCUACCACCUGAACGUGCAAACCCCCAGCGGGGAAGCGGCCUUUAAGAACAUGACCACUCCUGAGGGCUGUGCUGUGAGGCCGAUGCUACAGAGGAUGGAGCAGCUUCCACCUCAGAUCCCCAUCACCAUCAUCUACGGGUCCCGCUCCAGCAUCGAGAGCAACUCAUGCAGCAGCAUCAAAGACAUGAGGCCGCACUCUCAUGUGGAGGUCAUAACGAUCCGUGGAGCCGGACAUUAUGUAUUCGCUGACCAGCCGGAAGACUUCAACCACACAGUUUUGAAAGUAUGCAAUAAAGUGGACUGAAGCACAGACGAGCCUGGCUCCUGACCUCUGGAGGGAAAGGGGAGCACCAAUAAGUGACUCUUCUUCAGCAUUGGGAACACAGGAUUCUUCUUCCUUAAUGAUGGAAAAAGGAGUGCAUGAGAAUAAGUCGAGUGCAUAUUUGUGUCAAAAAAUAUCAGUAAGUAAGAAGUGUGUGUCUUAGGAUAUAAACGCACACGGACACUUAAAUUCCCUCUGCAGAUUAAAAGGCAAACAUCCCAUCAUAAGGUGCUUCAAACGGAGAGAACAGCCUGAAAGAAUGAUCUCCAAACCUGAGCACCACUUGCUGUUCACUAUCAAGCUGUCACCUCCUCCUUUAGAGUCCGGUCAAGGUGAAAAAUGGAGAAUCCAUGGGGGGAAAUGGCGGAGUCCUGGUUUGAGGGAUCUAUGCACGUCUCUGUGAAAACCAUGACGUUACAGUUCAUGUUUUUCCUCAGUUUGACUAAAACUCCAGUCCAGGAGCCUGGCCUCCUUUUUCUCCUGCUCUGCCCAGGUAAAUCAGCAGCAGGUAGCCAUGACUUUGUAUCGGUCUUGGUGAAAGACGGGGUACACCAAGGUUCUGAUGGGUAAACAUUUGUCUUAAUCAUAUUAGAUGAUAGGGCUUGCUUGGGAGGUUUGUAUCGUAAGAUGUAUGUUUGUAACCUUCAGUCAUAAGCACAAGGUUAUACUGUAUGUCAAAUGAUAUUGAAUUCUCUUUGUUUAACUUCUAAUGUACACUACAAACAACAGUCUAAUGGAGCAACAUCAUUGGGAGCCACUAAUUCUUUUUGCUAGAAUCUUUAUUUUAAAUGAACAAGUGUAGAGUCUGUCGUGCCUCUACAACGGAUCAAAUUAUUUAGCUUCCAAAAAAUGUUCCCUCAGACAGCUCAUAUUUCUUAAUGUAAAAAUAAUUGUAUCUAUUAUGAUUAUUGUUCACUUGCUUUUCUGUCUUUUGUCAUGCAUACACAACGAAGGCCUAACUUUGCAUCACAUGAUUAAUCUGCUACACUUUGAUUCUGCCUCUCCCCCUCUUGUCUUUCAUUGAAAUGGUGCAAGAUUUGUCAAAAUGUACCCCCCACGAUCUUUAUGAGCCGUCAGGCCUCUAUCAAUGAGACAAGGCCUCUUUAGUUUCACCUUACUGCCACUAGAGAUCACUAAUAUUCAAAAAGGAUUAUUGGGGAAUCAGGAAUCUUCCCUCCUGCACCAAUAGUGCAGAAACAAAUCCUAAAACCUGGAAAUUAUUGAGCAUUUCAACACUUCCAGUUCCCUGGUCCCAAAGUCAUGAAUGUGUUUGUUGUUAGAAGCUUGAAAUAAGGUUGUGAUUAACACAAGCUUAGGGGAAUUGCAUGUUUUGUGCUACGACUUAAAAUAUGUCAGUAAAUACCCUACUUGUGAAUGUCUGAAGCUUCUAUGUCUCAUAAAAUGGCAGUUGCUAAUAACAGCAUCCCAACACGAGUCCACCGUUGGCUUAGCGUUGGUGAUGUUCAGCCGUGUGACUGUGUGGAGUUGGUUUAUAGCAUAACGUUAGCUAUUUACUUCUGGUAACUGCAUUAAUGCUUCAAAAUCUCAAAGUGCUGAUAAUAUGUGGAGAUUAUCCUGCUGAACAAAACCCUAACCCUUACAUACUGUAGAUGUUUCCAAAUCUACAAAACGUGUCUAAAGGUUGUGAUACACUGCCCUGUAACAGAGUGCAUUAGAUGGAUUGAAGGUAUGAUGAUGUAGAGUUUCCUUCUCCCUCUGUUUCCAUCCUUGGGACCAAUCAUAAGAUGGCUAUCGAUUGUAAAAGACAUCCUAUCUGUUUUGAAUCCCUCAACUGGUUAGAUGAUGGAUGGGAAAUAUGCAAGCUAAUGUUAAGUAUUUCCAAACCACAUGUAGGGGCUGUUUCUCCCUCUCACCUGGAGAAAGACUGACGCGGGCGUUGAGAAGUUUCCUCUUUGUUAACGUAGCAGAUGGUUAGCUUUGGAGAGAAAGAGAAGCAAUCUCAUUACAUCCUCAUCACAUAUUGAGGAAUUCGAAAUUGUAUUCUUCGAUGAGGGAGACGAAAUAAUUUUGAGUGGCUCCAAGAACGAUUGGAGGGAGAGAAGUGAUCACUAAAGUUCUCUUUCUGCCUUUACCAGCUUCAUAAAUGUAUUUUUUCUUCUAAAAGCCAAGACAAGUGUUUUUGAAUUAAAAAAAACUGAUGUUUCAUAUUUUUGCUUAUAUGAAAUAUUUGCAGUUCCACAAAUUCAGAUAGAUUCGAUCGAGAAACUGCGAUGCUGUUCCUCCCAAUCGAGCUGAUUGUCCUGGUGAGUUAGCAUUCAGUUAGCUUGACUUUUUUGAUCAAAAAGGUUUGAACUGUGGUUGUUCUUUAUCUUUUAUAUGUUUGUGAUGUGAAAAACCAGUCAAGAUAUGAAUGUGAUAUAAACGUAGUUGAUGAUAUUAAGCUUAUUGGCUGCUCAACUGUGUCUUCUUAAUUGCGGCCUAAGCUAAGCUAAAAGCGCUCAUUGUUGUCGCUGCGAACCUUUUAAAACGUGAGCUAAUUUGUGCACACUUUAAGCAAUGGUGUAUUCAUUUGAAAUGUGGGUUUAUGAAAAAAAAGAGGCUCUAUUGUUCACAAUUGGUUAUUUUAGUCACUGUGUAAUUCUGUAUUGAUGCAGAUUAAUUAUUGUUUAGUAUAUUGUGUUUUUGGAUACAUUUCAUUAUACAGGUUUUUCUACUUCCGUGUUUUCAAUUAAAAUGUGUCCAGUCUCCUC